AUUUGUUCUAGAUAAAUGUACUUCUUGACUCGUUAAUUCAUUAUGUGUUUUUCUGUGACCGACUAUUAUUCAGGUCGUAGACGAGAAACAUCGAAAACCAAAUUAGCAAGAAACAUGAAGCAUAUAUAGACACAACUUAUCGAAUGGCUCCAAAAUACUAGUAAUAAAUUAUGCAUUUGAUGUUCUGAAUUUCGAGCCACAAUAUAUAGUAUUAGGAAAGUAACUAUAUGAGCUGCAUUGGUCAGUGAAUUUUGAAAAAAAUUCAAAAAUCAUUUUGGUUAGUAAACUUUUAAAAGUAGAUUGCAUGGAUGUGCUGUUAUUUAGGCUGAAUUGUGCAAAUUGUUUUGCUGUUUUUAUUUGCAGGGAAAAAAAAUGAGUAUGGAUGAGACUCCCAUGACUCAACAUUUGGGAGGGAACUCUGCAUUGGCAUAUCCAUCUGUGGAGAAAUCUGGUGAUUUUGUGCAAUACAACAGAUUUGUGGGCUUGUCUUAUCUGACGGGUGUGGCAGUUUGUAAAACCGCUAUUGCUCCUAUUGAUCGUGUGAAACUUUUGAUGCAAAACGAGGGUGCAAUAGUCAUGUCGGGUAGGUUAUCUGCACCAUACAAAGGCAUCCGCAACUGUUUGUGGAGAACAGUAAUGGAAGAAGGAGUUGCCUCUUUGUGGAGAGGCAACACUCUCAAUGUGAUCCGCUACUUACCAAGCCAGGCCUUGACUUUUGGAAUGUGGGAUUUCUACAAGAGUAAAAUCAUCAGCAGAGGGGACUCAAAGGAUACAGUUGGGUUGUUGGGGUGGCAUGCUAUGAAUGUUGCGGCAGGUGUAUUAGCUGGUUCUUCUUCUAUCCUCUUUGUCCACCCAAUGGACUAUGUUCGUACUAGAUUGGCAAUGGAUGUAAAGAUGGGAGGAGCGAGGCAGUUCAAGGGCUCUCUUGAUCUUUGCAAGAAGACUUUGGCAGCUGACGGUGUUGUUGGAUUUUAUUGUGGAUUCACCCAAUCUUUUAUGGGCGCCGCUGUUUACCGUGGCCUCUACUUUGGGAUGUACGAAACUUUGAAGCCAUUUGUUCUGACUGGCGAGAUGCAGGAUAGUUUCUUUGGUAGGUUCGGGGUUGCUUGGGUGAGCGCAAUCUUUGCUGGUUCUGCAUCUUAUGCACCUGAUAUUUCUCGGAGAGGUAUGAUGAUGAUGUCUGGUAAAUUCAAAAGCUGUGUGGCUGCGCUUGAGCAUGUGAGACUGCCGGUAGAUGAGACGGGUUACAAAGCUAUACUCAAGAGUAUUUAUAAAGGUGGUGGAGCAAACAUUCUGAGGGCCGUAGUCGGUGCUGCUGCGCUUGCUGCGUAUGAUAAGCUCAACGCAUUCAGUAUAUCAUGCUGUGAUCGUGAUCGUGAUCGUGAUGGUGAUGGUGAUGGUGAUGGUGAUGGUGGUGAUUUUUGAUGGAGAUUCAAUGUUUGAUACCAAACUUUUCAAUUAAGUAUUAGGAAAGCAAAUAUAAUAAGUAACAACUUGCUCCAUUUGCAUGCUUUAUUCAUCAUGUAAACGCUUGGUUGAUUUCCUUCAAACUAUGCCAAGUGCGGAUUCAGCUCGCUGCGGUGCGUGCCUUUUGCCUUAAUAUAUUG